AUGGCACCGGGAAAAAGGAAUUUACAUCAAUGGAAGCAUCCAUUUGAUGCUGAUUAUCCAUUUGAAGCAGUACUGUCUGGCUCAUGGCAACCUGUGAAACUUAUCGAAGUUGAGUUCGGAAAAACUACCUUACACUUCAUGAAUUCUCAACAGAUUCAAACUCCUUUGUCCUCGUCUUCUGAUAUUCGGAUAGGAUCAAGAAAAGCUACUUCAUCUGAUUGCUCCUACUUUCUACGAUCUGGAAUUGACAUAUCUAUGCUAUUAGGCUUUCGUCACCAUGAUGAUAACUCGUAUCAAUUAAGUCCUUUUCCAAUGUGGAUUGAUGCUAGGAUAACUUCCAUACACAGACAACCUCACGACGAAUCUGAUAAAUGUUCGUGUCAGUUUUAUGUGAACUUCUAUGAUGAUCAAGGUUCACUUGGAACCGAGAUGAAAACUCUUAGUAAAGAGGAUAACUCAAUUGGAAUCGACCAAAUUUUUAUCCUCCAGAGGCUUCAACAUAAUACUUCUGAAGGUUUGUUAAAAGAAACUAAGAGUUCUGAAGUUAAGCCUUAUAGGUGGGAUUUAUCGGAAGAUUGCUCUUCAUUAUCGCAAUCUAGAUUAAUUUUCGGGAAGUUUUUAUCUGAUCUUUCAUGGUUCGUUAUGACGUCUUUUCUAAAGAAGGUUUCGUUCAGUAUAAGAUCUUUUCAAAACAAGCUUGCGUAUCAAGUUAUGGGAAAUGAUACCGUUACUAGUCCUUUUCUGAUAGAUGUUGUGAACUUCAAACUUAAAAAUGGAUCACUAGUACCUAUUAUUUCUCAAUUUGAUGCGUUUCAUGAUUAUGAUUGUGAAGAAGAUGAAGCGCUCCCAAUGCCGUCUAAUGAGAUUGGAGGUUUAAGACGCUCGAAACGUAGGAAUGUACAGCCCCAACGUUAUGUAGACUGUGCGGUUGAGAAGUUGGAAGUUGGUAGCUUUAGAACAUGGCCGUACAAGAGAGGAUCUUAUGUGAAAAAAAAUGAUAAAUCUUCUUCAGAUUCAGAUUCAGAAGAGGAUGAUAGUGAAAGUGACGAAAAGGUUAAUAAGGCGGAAAAAACCAGUGAAGGAAAGUUAGGUGAUGCCAAACAAAAUGAUCAUGGAGAUGAAAUUUCUUCAAAAUACAAUCAUUUGACUAUUGACAUUGUUAAAGCAAAGAAUAACGAUGCUGAUGCGCUGAAUUUGGUUCCCUACAAUGAUCAGUCUGCAAUAUCGUGCAAUGAAGAAGUCGAUGAUAAUGUUACUUUGGGACGUUAUUAUAGUUAUUGCAGAGAAAAUCUUAAGAGGAAGCAACUUCAUCAUGGUUGGGACGAUAUCGAUUUUGGAAACAAAUGGGAAGGGAUCCGUUUCCAAAAAGGUGCUCAAACAAAAAGAUUUCAUUGGACAAACAUAAGUCAGAUUCAUGAACAACAGCAUCAUAAAGGCAGUAGAACGUCAAACGCCGAUGCCUCCAAGGAAAUAAUCGAUACGUAUAUGAAAAGUUUCGAUAGUCUGCCACCAAUUGAAGAAGAGAAAAACGUCAACGAGCCGUGGCAGGAAACAAUCAAGUUGGAGGAGAAGGAGGAAGAAAACGUAUCAAGCGAUGACGAGGAGGAAGAGAGUCCUGAGAAUUUGGCUGCCUUGUGGCAAGAAAUGGAUACAGCUUUGACAUCAAGUUAUCUUCUUAAUGGGAAUGAGGGUUCGAAUGCUGCUGAGGUUUCGACUGAUACCGAGAAAGAAUCCAAGGAAACUUGUGAACAUGAUUUCAGAUUGGAUGAAGAAAUCGGAAUAUACUGCAUCCGAUGUGGUUUUGUGAAAACCGCAAUACGGGACGUUUCUGAACCCAUUAUGGAAAGUUCGAAAUGGCACAAAGAUGAGAAACAAUGCAGUGGAGAAGAUAAGGAAGAGAAAUCCGAGCCGAAAGUUGAUGAAGUUUAUAACAAGGAUCUAUUCAGAACUCAUGCUAAUGAUCUUGAUGAACCAAUAUCGAACGAAAAUCAAAAUGUUUGGGAAUUGAUUCCAGAACUCAAAGAAAAGAUGCAUGCACACCAGAAGAAAGCUUUUGAGUUUCUUUGGCGAAACAUUGCAGGAUCAAUGGAACCGGCACUGAUGAAAGAAAAUUCCGAAACAAGUGGUGGCUGUGUUAUAUCUCAUGCUCCGGGAGCAGGAAAAACCUUUCUCAUCAUUUCUUUUCUCGCAAGUUACUUGAAAUUGUUUCCAGGGAAAAGACCAUUAGUCCUUGCUCCGAAAACCACACUCUACACAUGGCGAAAAGAGUUCAAGAAAUGGAAGAUUCCUGUGCCAGUGUAUCUUAUUCACGGCCGUCGAACCUCGAGAGAUUUAACGAUGCUAAAAUCAACGAUUCUUCCCGGAGUUCGAAAACCUACUAGUGAUGUCAAACAUGUUUUGGAUUGUAUCAACAAGAUACAAAAAUGGAACUCACACCCUAGUGUCCUUGUCAUGGGCUAUAGUUCGUUUUUCUCGUUAAUGAGAUCGGAAGAAUCGAAGUUUGCACACAGAAAAUACAUGGCAAAAGCAUUGAGAGAAAACCCGGGAAUCUUGAUACUUGAUGAAGGACACAAUCCUAGAAGCACGAAAUCAAGGUUGAGGAAAUGUUUAAUGAAACUUCCAACAGAAUUGAGAAUACUACUUUCAGGCACAUUGUUUCAGAACAACUUGUGCGAAUAUUUCAACACGCUUAGUUUAGCUAGACCGAAAUUUGUUCACGAAGUUCUCCGAGAGUUAGAUUCUAAAUACAGAAGAAACGGAGAAAUAGUGAAGAAAGCACCGCAUUUACUUGAGGCGAGAGCGAGGAAAUUUUUCUUGGAUAACAUUGAAAAGAAAAUUAACUCGGAUAUCGAUGAAGAAAAAAUGCUCGGUCUACACUUGCUGCGAAAAAUCACUACUGGUUUCAUUGAUGUUUACGACAGUGGAAAUUCUUCUGAUACUCUUCCUGGUUUACAAAUCUAUACAUUGCUCAUGAACACGAGCGAUGAACAAUACGAGAUUAUACAUAAACUUGAGAAGAAAAUGACUAAGUCCACUAGUUACCUUCUCGAGGUUGAACUUCUGAUAACACUCGGAUCGAUACAUCCGUGGUUGAUCAAAACAGCAGCAGCAUGUGCAGCUAAGUUUUUCGGCGAUGAAGAGUUAAAGAAGCUAGAAACAAGCAAAUUCGAUCUGAGAAAAGGCUCCAAAGUAAGAUUUGUUCUGAGCCUAAUCUCGCGCGUGGUGGAAAACGAAAAGGUUCUUAUCUUUUGUCACAAUCUCGCACCAGUGAGGUUUUUAAUCGAGUUAUUCGAGAAGUAUUUUCAGUGGCAAAACGGUAAGGAGAUUCUGUUACUAACCGGCGAACUAGACUUAUUUGAAAGAGGCAAAGUGAUAGAUAAAUUCGAAAAUCCUCGCGGAAGAUCGAAGGUACUUCUUGCUUCAAUCAAUGCUUGUGCUGAAGGUAUAAGUCUAACAGCAGCAUCUAGGGUGAUAUUUUUGGAUUCCGAAUGGAAUCCUUCCAAAACAAAGCAAGCUAUUGCGCGCGCUUUUCGUCCGGGUCAGCAGAAAAUGGUUUACGUGUAUCAGUUAUUGACAACCGGAUCGAUGGAGGAAGAUAAACACAGAAAAACUGUAUGGAAAGAGUGGAUUUCUUGUAUGAUCUUUAGCCAAGAGUUUGUCGAAGAUCCUUCGAAAUGGCAGGCCGAAAAGAUCGAAGAUGAUAUUCUUAGGGAGAUGGUUGAAGAAGAUAAAUCUAAAGCAAUUCAUAUGAUUAUGAAGAAUGAAAAAGCUUCAACAACCUAA